AUGACAGCAGCCGAGAGUACCAGCGAGCGCCGAUAUCAUCACACCUCCUCUGCUUACGUGCUUCCAAAUGAUGCUAUCGAACAGAAUCGACUUGACGCCCAGGCGGUUGCCAUUGUCGAAAUGACUGGUGGAGUUCCCUGCCUGGCGCCUAUCCGGUCCAUGACGAAUGUGACAAAGGCCGUCGAUGUUGGCUGCGGUACUGGCGUUGCAACACUCCAGAUCGCUGGCAUCUUCCCUUCUGCUAAGGUCUACGGACUCGACAUUUCACUCAUUCCAGAGGCAGUGCGGAAGGUUGCACCGGCGAAUAUUGUCUGGGCUGUGGGAAACGUCUUAGAUGUCGACCAUGACAAGCCUGGUGAUGAUGUCAUGAGUCGUGAGAUUUUCACUUCUGGUGGGCUUGAUUAUAUUUUCGGUCGGGCCGAGCAAUCUGGUUUGUCAACACGCGCGGGCACUGAUGCUGCACCAAUCAUGAAAGAUGCUGGGUUGGAGAUCAUAAGCGUUCAAACAUUUGAGUUUCCAUUUGUGCCGUCGAGGAAGACGCCAAAUAGUCAGACUAUGAGCGAAUAUGUACAGGCUAAGCUAGUACCAAAUUACCUAGAGCUGCUCCGAAAGAUGCUGGGACCCCAGGGCAUCACCGGCGAUGAGCUGGAGAGAUUGACUAUGGGCAGUUUCCGUGACAUCACCUCUGAGGAGGGUUUGCACCAAAAAUAUACUGUUACGAUUGCAAGGAAGCCAUAG